CCGCUCCGUGUCGCUGCUGCUUGCUGCCUCUGCUGCCCUUCAUAUGAAACACAAUCCCUCUGGGGAGGAAGAAACUCCGCGUUGAGACCAGGCAGGCAGACAAACAUCAACUUAUUUCAUUAUCGCCCUACUGCAGGAAGCGAGGAGGAAGCCAUUCUUAAGUGGGAUUUAGCGCCUCACGUUUGAUAGGAGCGACAAACCAGGAGAGGAUUAAAAAAAAACAACAAAAAAAACUUCCUGAACGUGUUUCUGUAGGAGCGAGCUUGACAACCCGGUGAAUCGAGUUUACGGAGAAGUGCUCUCAUAUUUCACUUGUCUCUCAGCAGCAAGAAGACUUUUUUUUCCCUGCUGCGGACAAAGCGGGGUUUGUGACUACGCUGACCACUAAUAUUUUGAGGACCUCACUUUUAACAUUAUUUUUCUAUAGCUUCCAAAUAAAGAAAAGGAGUUGCACCUCAAGUCCGCUGCAAUGGGGGAGCAGCCGAUCUACACCACCAGGGCCCAUGUGUUCCAAAUCGAUCCAAGCACCAAGAAGAACUGGGUUCCUGCCAGCAAGCAGGCCGUCACCGUCUCUUAUUUUUACGACAGCACACGCAACAGCUAUCGCAUUAUCAGCGUGGAUGGAUCCAAGGUUAUUAUCAACAGCACAAUAACACCCAACAUGACUUUCACCAAGACGUCCCAGAAGUUUGGCCAGUGGGCGGACAGCAGGGCCAACACAGUGUUUGGACUGGGAUUUGCUUCAGAGCAACAGCUGACAAAGUUUGCUGAGAAGUUCCAGGAAGUAAAAGACGCAGCCAAGUUGGCAAAGGACAAAUCGCAAGAAAAGGGGGACACGUUGAGCAACCACUCCCAGCAGGAGUCUGGACGGGAGACUCCUUCAGCAAACCAGGCGCAGAGCUUUAAUGGGACAGAUGAUGAGAAAAUCUCCUUCAGUCCAGAGGCCGCUCAGCUGAAGAGUGAAAAUGAACGCCUCAAAAGCGUCGUGGAGCAGAGCAACACCACCGCUAAGAAGUACGAAACGGAGCUUCAGACUUUAAAGGAAAGUAAUGCCAGACUGGUGGAUUCACUGCAGGAGUCUUCAGCUAAUGUGGAAAGCUGGAAGAAGGAGCUUACUGCCUGUCAAGAAGAGAGCGACACUCUGAGGAAAAAGAUUGCAGAACUGGAGUCCGAGUGCAACGAAGCCAAUCAGGAAAAGCAGAAAAACGCCCAGCUGACCGUUCGGGUGAAGGAGCUGGAGGCAGAGCUGCAGGAGAAGGAGCAGGAGCUGGAGAAUCUGAGGAGGCAGGCAGAGAUAAUCCCUCAGUUGAUGGGAGAGUGUGAGAGCAUCACUGCAAAACUGAAGGCAGCAGAAUCACAGAACAAGGAGCUGGAGGGCAAACUCGAGGGACUUCAGAUGGACAUCAACGACAGUCGGCAGAAACAAGGAAACAUGAAGGGCGAGCUGAAGAAGUUCAUGGAUAUUCUGGAUGGAAAGCUGGAUGAGCUGCACGAGUUCAGACAAGGACUCUCCAAACUCGGUGUUGAUAACUGAGAGGAAGUGUGGCAGAGCUGAGAGGUUGAGAGGUCGGGCAUGAAGGAUUCACUAAAAUAUCUCUUCAGGGCAGAAACUAUGCUGCACCUACUCCCCCAAAGUGAUGUCUUCUCUGAAUCUAUCAGCUUUGGCUUGUAAUAAACACAACCUCGUGUGUGUGUGUGUGUGUGUGUGAGAAAGAGAGAGAGUUGUUGGCAGACUUAAAACAAACAAAAAAAAAAGUAAAAAGAAGGCAAGCAAGUCCCACAAAAUGGCUGCAUUUUGUGUACUGGCUUUGUGAGACUACAGAGAGUCGCACUUCGAGCUUAUUCAUCCGCUUCUGUGGGGGGAAAAGCGGCUUUAAAAAGCUGGUGGUGGGUUCUUAGAUUCUGUCCAUCUGUCUCUUUUCUGAAGGCUGUAAAACUUCUACAUGAGCCUGGUGAGCUUAAAGUAGAAGCGGGGACUUAAAAGGGCUAAAAUGAACAAAAAAAGAAAGCAUUAUUAAAGUAAUUAGUGGAAAUACCUGUUUCUCCCCCGACCCCUUCAGAUUUAAGGUUUAAGUCCCUCUACAGACUGUCCUUGCUGCUGCCUCUUAUGUAUCUCAGGUGUGUUAGAAGACAGUUUGUAUAUAUUAAAUUAUAUGCAGAUAUAUAAUAAAUGGCCGCGACACAAAGUGCCUCCAGGUAAGUUUAAUUCUCCCUGGAAAGGAAAACAGGCCAACUAAUGACCAUCACCAUAAUGACAACUUAUUUCCAUUAAAUAACCUUAAGAUGAAAACAAAUCAUCCUUAAAAAAAAAAAAAACUGGAAGUUUCUAGAUGAGCCUUUUGAUAAUGUUUGCAUAAAAGAAGGAAAACUCAGGACCUUUCCUUCGAUAAGCAUCUAACAUGAUAGUAACCCCAAUCCCACCCCGAGUGUUGUGUUCAAGGACCGUUUUGUGUGCAUUAGUGUUAACAGACCUGUGUGUGUCCAGGGUUGUUUGUGCUUCCUUCACAUUAGUUUUUGUUAUGGUGGUGGUUAUUUUUAUUUUCCUAGAGGAGGGGAUAUGGUGCUGCUUGACAGGUGAAUAGCUUUCACUGAAAACAUUUGGUUGGAAUGAGCCUUUCCACUAAAAACCCUGUCGACUUUGCUUUUAGUCUUACUUGUAUGUUUAUUUUUGGUGCCUCUCUACAACUAUUGUUUCCAGACCAAGUUUAUAAGUCUUGGAUCUGCUUUCCACAUGUAGGAUAAUGUGUGAUGAGGACAAACUCUGCGGAUUUAAAGGUUUUCAUAGGAAAGGACUGUGUUGCAGCUGCUUUGGGGAAGUCCAAUUUGAGACCAUAUGUUUGCAAUCAAAGUGAAAUAUUUACCCUGUAAUAUUAUUACACGAGACUAUUUUUCAUGACUCUUUUGAUCUUGUCAUAACACUGAGAUAUUUAUCAAAUGGACUUUUUUAAAAAACAAAAAAAAAACACGUAUGUCUUUUUUUUUUUUUUUUUCCCCCCAUUCGUAACUCACCUGAAUCGGAACGAUUCUUCCUGUUGAACCGACGCCUCUUGUGCACUUUUGUGAUUCUUGUUCUACGCUGUACCUACUGAACUGACAAACUGGUAAAGUCUAGUUUCAUUACAA